AGCUUUUUGUGGCCCAAAGAGGUGCUUCUAGAGCAGAUUUCUUCGCUCCAUGAUCCAGUAUGAGCUGGGACAUUGGCUGGUGUGCUCGGGCUUGUGCAGAUGUUAUGGGUCCGUGUUUCCCAAGACGCUGGGAUGGUCGAUGCCCAUGACAAUCCUGGCCAUCGUGCUGGAGCAAUAUUGGGACGCAGAAGAGUGGACCGCCAACCUGCUCUCCAUUUGGUCCAGCUAUUCUUUCAUUUUGUCGUUUUUGGUGGUCUUCCGCAACAACCAGGCGUACUCUCGGUUCUGGGAAGGAGCUUCAUUGAUGAACGAGAUGCGUGGGGAGUGGCUGAACGUGUGCACGAGUUUGGUGGCCUUCUGUUCCAGCGAGAAGGACAAAGAGGCGGAGGUCCAGUCGUUUCAAGAGCUCCUCGUUCGCCUGAUGAGUUUGUUGCACUGCUCUGCUUUGCAGGCGGUGUGCAAGCUUGCGGACAAGCGACUGGAAUUGAUCGAUGUCUAUGGCGUGGAUGUCAACAGCCUAAGACAUUUGAGGGACAGCGUGAACCGCAGCGAUGUCUUGUGCCUAUGGUUGACCCGGCUGAUUCUGGAGAACAGUGAGAAGAAAGUGUUGGUGGCCCCGGCUCCAAUCCUUUCGCGCUCAUUCCAGGACCUUGGAAGAGGCAGAGUGCGGAUGUCCGAGUUGGUGAAGAUCAAGGACAUUCCUUUUCCCUUCCCCUACCAGCAGCUGAUCAUCACCAUGCUCGCGGUCCAUUCGGUCAUCACGGCCAUGAUCACCAGCCAGUACAUCCACCCCUGGUACUGGGCCGGGCUCAUCACCUUCAUCGCCAUGUCGGGCUUCUGGGCGCUCUUCUACAUCUGCGCCGAGAUCGAUCACCCUUUCGGAGAUGACCCCAACGACUUGCCGCUGGGGGAGCUGCAGAAGGACUGGAACGCGCGUUUGUUGGAACUUCUGCAAGACAUGUCUCAGAGACCGCCCGAGUAUACGGCACAUCGCCAUGGCUUGCAUGCAGCUCGCUUCUCCAUCACCUCAUAUCUCGCCCAUACGCAUGGUGAUCAUGCGAGGACCUUGAAGUCAGGUCUCUCCUCCACUGAUAUCUUUGACUCGCUUGAUGAGCUGAUCUCACAUCAUGCCUCCUUUGCAGUAGAUUGCAGAGGUUCGCAACAUCCGCCAGUGUUGUUGCCCUCCUUCGAUUCUGAGCAUUCCAAGUCAGAUUUCAACACCGAAGUAUCCGAAGAGUCGCACAUUGGACACUUGAGAGAGUUCAGUACUAUGGCAUCUCCUAUGGCAGACACACCCUCGCAGCAAGCCCAUGUCUAAGGCUGACAACUGCAAGAACAGGCUGCUUAGUUUUCACGCUGUUGAUGCAUGCGUUUUUUUUUCUUCGGAAAUUCACCUGAAGAGGCUCCUUCUUGCAGCUCGAAAGA